GAUGCAGACAGUACAAGAGAUAACCAGUGACUGCGGACACAGUACAGGAGAUGACCAGAGACUGCGGACACAGUACAGGAGAUGACCAGAGACUGCGGACACAGUACAGUAGAUGACCAGAGACUGCGGACAUAGUACAGGAGAUGACCAGAGACUGCGGACAUACUACAGGAGAUGACCAGAGACUGCGGACAUAGUACAGGAGAUGACCAGAGACUGCGGACAUAGUACAGGAGAUGACCAGAGACUGCGGACAUAGUACAGGAGAUGACCAGAGACUGCGGACACAGUACAGGCGAUGACCAGAGACUGCGGAUAUACUACAGGAGAUUACCAGAGACUGCGGACAUAGUACAGGAGAUGACCAGAGACUGCGGACACAGUACAGGAGAUGGACCAGAGACUGCGGACACAGUACAGGAGAUGACCAGAGACUGUGGACAUAGUACAGGAGAUGACCAGAGACUGCGGACACAGUACAGGAGAUGACCAGAGACUGCGGACAUAGUACAGGAGAUGACCA